GCGACCUCGGCAACAAUUGUUGAAAUUUACUUGGACUUGUUUUGUUUUGGUUAGCCAGCGAGGCCGACGUUUUACUAACAAUGCAAUGGUUAAUUAUUAGUUUAUUUGUUAAAAAAUAUUAGUUUCUAACUUCUUUUUGGCAAUGGUGUCACCGAUGAUCAUCGUUGGACAAGAAAAUUCGGCGACGGCGGCCCCAGUGGCAGAGGCCAACCUGGUGUGCCAGGGAGUAAACAACCAGAGCUACAUCUGUGAGUCAGGUCACUGCUGUGGAGAGACACAGUGCUGCAGCUACUACUAUGAACUGUGGUGGUUCUGGUUGGUGUGGACUCUGAUCAUUAUCCUGACAUGCUGCUGUGUGUGUCAGCACUGGCGUUCCAAGCAGCGUUUCCAGCAGCAGCGCCGGCAGAACGAGAUCAACCUCAUUGCCUAUAGAGAGGCCCACAACAACUCUCAGCUACCCCUCUAUCUCAGAUUCUUGCCCACCUAUCUGCUGCCAGCCUAUGAAGAGGUAGUUGGCCGCCCAGCCACACCCCCUCCUCCUUACACCCCUCUCCAGCCAGCACCCCCAUCCACAGAUCCACCCACAGAGGAAUGUCCGUGCCCCCACUCAGCUAUCUCCGUCCCCAGUGAUGCUGAUGCGGAGCUCCCUGCUACUCCAGAGGCCACGCAGACCCUCCUUCACAGCGCCGCCAACCCCAACAAGGACUCGACGCCGGGCAGGUACCGGCGCUUCACAGGGGAUUCUGGGAUUGAAGUUUGCGAUGGUCAGGAGCUGUGGGAUCAGCACGGCUUUUUAGAAAGAGAGGAAGAGACCGAGGAACAGGGGGCGGGGCCUGUGGAAGACCCAUGUGAUCACUGUGAUCCUGGGAUUCUUGAACACAGCCACAGUAGUGAUGCAGUCAUUCAUGAAAGCACAGAUGGACACACGGAGCCACAGUCUCUUAGGUAAUCCAGACUGUUGACUUAAUAUCUGCAGAGACAAAACUCUGCAGCAGUCACUGAUGCAAUGUUAUUACCGUUGGUGCUCAGGGGUUUGGUCUUUUAGUACAUGUGUAUGUUUGACUAACACCACUGUGACAGGCCUGGAGACAAAUUACAGAUAGGACUAAAUAUUUUUAACAGUUUCUUGAAGGUGCAGUACGUGUUACUCUAGUUUUUCUCCUCCUCAAGUUCAAGUUGAACACUUGACAGUCACUAAUCGUGUUGAAGAGCUGUCUGCUUUGAAAUGUUUCCUGUCAGGAGGCAGCACUGAGGCUCAUGUUCACUUACACGGUUCUUUAAGCUUUGUUGAAAGCUUCUCUAAGUCACAGUGCGCAGUGUAACUAUAGGAGCUGUCGCUCUGUCACUGACUGUAGCAUUAGACCAGCACAGCUGCUUGGGUUCAGUGAUCUGACCCCCUCUACCAUGGUAGCUAGAGCUGGACCAAUACUGAUUUUAUUACUGAUAGUAAUACUUUCUUUUUACAUAAUUUUGUAACAUUAAAACGUUUUAUAUACAUCCCUUAAAUUGGAUUAUGAAAUAAUUAUAACCAACAUAUGUAUGACCAGGAUAUUUUAUAGUGUAAAAUAAACGUGUCAGUGCUCUCUGGUAGACAAUUGGGACACUGCUUCUAAACCACAUCAAAUAUACCUCUGACAUUUUUGUAUUGACAAUUCCUGUUCAUUCUUGUUUAUAUGGAUCAUUAAACUCACCUGUCAACUUUAAUUACACAAUAUUUAAAGCUGAUUCAUACGUUAAACACAUGAGUAUCACCACUAUAAUGACAGCAUUCAGGUUCAUAGGAUCAUGUGACUUGUCCCGGUUUAGUUUAAAGUCAGCUGAGCUGAUGACAGAGCUGCAGCCCAGGCAUGUCCAGGUUUGAUCAUUUGAUUUUAGAUGCACAAAGAUAUUCUGCAUCUGUUCCGAUCAAAAGUCUUUUAAAGGUCCCAUAUUGUAUUCUUUUCCAGUGUUUUAUUUGAAGUGUUGAUCCAUAAGAAGAUAUUUUUGUGGUUUUAAGAACCAAAAACCAUCUUAGUGUAGUUUUACAUCUCUCUCAGGCUUCUCUCUGGAGCUCUAGUAAGAAUAGGUCGGUGAGCCAAUCAGAAGAGAGGAGGCUCUGAGUUACAGGAAGUCCUGACUGCUGGAGGUUCAGUUUCUGAAUACAGGCUGUGUGCAUUCCUCUGUGGACUGAGCGCUUUGAUACUUUAUACUUUGAUACUUUUAUAAUCAAAUAAAAACUUAAUAUAAAAACUAUAUCACAAAAUAAAAGCUUUAUAAUACUUUAUAAUCAAAAAGACAUGGAUGUCUACCUUCAUACAAUAUGGGACCUUUAAAUCAUAUCAAUCACUGAGACUGAGAAAUGAGUUAGCAGGCAUACUUUUUCUAACAAUAUAUCCAUAUCCAUAUCAUUCAGAAGUCCGUACAGAAAAAGUCCAAUUGUAGUGAAAGGUUGGUUAUAAAAGUGUUUAAAGAUUGUUGUGAAGGUCUGUCAAGCACCAGCAGCAUACUGUUGAUCGAUCCCCUGUGUGUGUGUGUGUGUGUGUGUGUGUGUACACACUGCACCUUUUCACUUCACACAGGAUCGCUUCAUUUUGUUUGCUAACCCUUCUGUGAGUCUCCAGUUGCCUGUUACACUGAUGUUAAUUAAAGGUUCUGAUGCCAUAGUGCCAUAAUGUGUAGCCUUAUGUAGCCUUUGAAUAGAAAAUAUUUAGGUGAACUUAAUCAAAGCUCUGGAGUCUCUUUAUUAUUAUUGAGUAACCCAUAAGUGUACUGAAUAACAGAUUCAUCAUCAUUUAAUCAAUGUUACAGUUGUGUUUCCCUGUAGUUAAGCCAAAAUGUUUAGAUAUUUAAAUAAGAAUAUCUGAAAUAUCACCACCAGUAUGGUUACUCUGAAAGCACACAAAAGUUGUGUUGGAGGGUGUUGGUUGCAAACCGUAAGUGUGUGUAUACAAAGGGAAUGACCAUGGUGAAAUUGGAUGACACUCCAUGUAUAAAUGUGUCAGGCUGUCGGGGAGCUGACAGUGAAACCCAAACCUUACAGUGCACUGAGGGGACUUCGCUCCAGUUGAGUCAGUCGAGCACUUUUCCACAUAUGCAGCACCUGGUGCUACACUCUGUACAUACGCUCUUUAUUAUCUGCUGAGUUAAAGUAUAUUUUUCUGUUGCUUUUUGUAUAAAAGAUGGUUAUUAAAAAUUAUGUGAGAA